AUGAAUCCAGAACUGAGUGCGAUUAAGAGACUGCACGAGGUGUUCCACAUUGGAGACCUGCCACAAAAUUCAGUCCCUCAUAGAACCCCUCCACAGUUCAUGAUUGACUUGUUCAAUACCGUGGCGGAUUCAAACGGCAUAACCAGGGAUCCAAAGGUUUUGGAAUGCAAUGUUGUGCGAAGUUUCGAAGACAGAGGCCACUACGAUCGGACGUUUCAUUUCUUCAAUUUGUCGUCAUUUGGGAAAAAUGAAAAGAUGAUCAGGGCUGAGUUCCGAGUGUUUAGGCGCAAACAAACCUUUUUGAUGCGGACUUUUCUUGGACAUCAUUUCUACAAACUUGACCUGUACGAGCUGCUGGACAGUCGAGUGAUGCCCUGGAGAGGGAAUUUGAUCACUUCAAGAUUAUUGCCCAUGUAUACCCAGGGGUGGGAAGUGUUCAAUGUCUCACAUAUAGUUUCCAAGUGGAUUCAUAACAGUAAUGCAAAUAAUGGUAUUCUGGCUGUCACGUCUUUGCCAUCGGGGAAUUCACUGGAAUCUGUGCCACCAGGUCUGAAAAGAAGCAAGUUAGAUGAGAAGACUGCAUAUUUGGUCAUUUUCUCGGAUGACGGAAGAAAGAUGUCAAAAACGGAUUCUUUACUUUCGCAAGGAUGGAGAAAGUCGCCUGACACUGAUGCAGCAGUGAUGCCAAUCAAGGCCGAAAACGCAGUGCCUUCCACGCGGGGGUACAGGAGGAGGAGAACGCGCGCAGCACCAUACCACCCCAGCAAGCAUCCGAUCACGUGCCAGAGGGUUCCUCUUUACGUGGACUUCGAGAAGAUUGGUUGGUCCGGGUGGAUAAUCUCUCCACGGGGCUACAAUGCAUACCACUGCACUGGAUCAUGUCCAUUCCCGCUAGGAGAGAGCUUGAGAGCCACUAACCAUGCCACAGUGCAAUCCAUCGUUAACGCACUAAAGCUUUCCAGAGAGGUGGAGACGCCCUGUUGCGUACCAGACAAACUUCAGUCCAUCAGCCUGCUGUAUUUUGACGACGAGGAAAAUGUAGUUCUGAAACAGUACGACGAUAUGGUGGCACUCAGUUGCGGCUGCCAUUAA